UCUACCCCCGGGCCGACGCUGCGCAUCAAGCAGUUUCGUGAAAACUGCGCGGCGUUGCGUAAGAACCAGGCGACCGGGAGACAGCCGGCCAGCCAGUAGUUCAUGCGGGGAGACGGGAGACUAGAGCCAGACUGCUCCAUGCGGCAGACGGAGGCUCACAACUCAGACGUCCUAUUAUGCAUGUCUGGGGACAUACCGACUUUAAGAUAGCAAUAAACCACAUGCAGCUAACGUCUCUCGCGAUAAUGGAAGGAUAUCCCCGCCGUCUAGAAGGUAGGCUCUUCGAACAUCUCUGCUUUGCGGUGUGUGGUUCUCGAAGUCGGGAGGCGUGAGGGGGCCCGCAGCGGACUUUCGAAGUGGACUUUCGGCGUCGAGAUGCCGCCUGAAGCCGCCGGGAAUAACGGUUUUUAACCCCGCUCCGCGAAGCUCGCGAAAGGAGUAGUUGCUAGGUCAGCACAUUCCCCACUCAAGUGCCUGGCUGCAUGUCCACAAGAACAAAAAGUAUCUUCCUGCCUAAGACCUAAGGCAGAACAACAAUCCCACAAUGCGCGCCCAAUCCUUCCACAACGGACACUAUCCGGUGACGUGAGACGAAGACUGGGCUCCUUUGGUACUUUCUCUCUUUGGAGAAUCCUUAGUAAAUGCAACCUCCCAGACAGAAGCCGACAUUUGAGGACUUGUGGUGUCCGGAACCUCCUGUGCAUCAUGGGUAAACUGAAGACACUGCACUGCUUCAGGCCCUCUCGGGUCUCACUGAUGCUUUUGGCGUUAAUCUGCCUUUUUUACUUGCUAAAUUACUUUUCUGACGUCAAGACUGACUCAAAACCGCAUGCCUGGGUCGUGGAUCCCAGCCACAGAAAGCUCAUGCACCAACAUACCCAAAGCAUAUUAACCAGGCAGUGCAGACCGGGGUUCGUCAGACACGCCAUCAAAACCAGGCUGAACAGCUCCUCGCAUGUGACUGACCAUUUCCUAUGGAGAGACACAGUACUGACAGAAGACAUGUUUCAGUAUCCGCCACCGUUUGGCUUGCGGGACAUGCGCGGCAAACUGAUGGACAUCCUCAACCUGCUGCCCACCCCUGCAGCCCAGACGCAUCUUGAGAAGGCCUGUCAGCGAUGUGUGGUGAUUGGGAAUGGAGGGAUCCUCCGUGGCAUGGAGCUGGGCCCUCUCAUCGAUCAGUUUGACGUGAUCAUCAGGCUGAACAGUGGUCCCAUCCAAGGCUUUGGUAGAGAUGUGGGCAACCGGACCUCCAUCAGGAUGAGUUAUCCAGAAGGCAGCCCCAAGAAGUGGGAAGACCCAGACCCCAGGCUGCUGUUUGUGGCAGUGGUCUUCAAAUCAGUGGAUUUCAGUUGGCUGAAGGCCAUGAUUACCAAGAAGCAAGUGUCUUUUUGGGACUGGCUCUACUUUUGGCAGAAGGUGCCUGACAGAAUUCCCCUGGAGAUAUCUCAGUUCAGGAUCCUGAACCCGGACAUCGUCAGGGAGACCGCGCUGGACCUGCUGCACCUACCCACCCCCAAGUCCCACAUUUGGGGAUGGGAUAAGAAUGUGCCCACCCUGGGUGCGACCGCCCUCACCCUGGCCAGUUACCUCUGUGACGAGGUAAGCCUCGCUGGCUUUGGAUACAAGCUCACGCAGAAGGGGAUGCCGCUGCAUUACUAUGACAACCUGCCCAUGACCACCAUGCUGAUGCAGCCCAUGCAUGACGUGGCCCAGGAGACUGUCCUACUGAAAGAGCUGGUGCAGGAGGGGGUCGUGUCCGACCUCACAGGGGCGGUGCACUGCAGCUUCUGCUCCAGCUGAUGGGAAUUACUGGGAGCAUCAGGUUUGGAAUUGGGGGACUCUAUCCAAAGGAGCCUUCAGUACUGACGGAGUGACCUGAAUAAUCAUCAUUUUAUCAUCCCACUGUCUUUAGAUUCACCCAUUUUUUAACAGUCAUAGAUCUGUUUUGUUUCAUCCCCUGCAAUGUUUUCAAAAGGUUUUUUUUUUAAGACUGAAGUGCCAAACGUCAUGUUUAUUAAAUUGAAACAGAGGAGGGUAAACUUGAAGAGCCAUUUCCCCUGCUCUGUAUGCACGCUUAACAGGUUCUUGGAUUAAGAAUGUGUGACUUAUGGACAACUUGUACUUAUGAACAUGGUUACGACAGUUACUAUUAACAGAAAUACAGGAAUACACAUAUUAAUAUAUGCAAUCUAAAGCACAGUGCGGUGCAAAGCAUGCUGGAAACUGCAUAAUCAGUCCUGCUGACCAACCAGCAUCACACUUACGUCAGCCAAUCAUGAGGUGUGUCCAAAUUCGUCAUCUGGGUACCAAUGAUGCGGCUUCCGUAGACCGUGUCCUUCAAAUGCCACGAAAACCGCAAAGGCCAGAAGAGAAUGACUGUGAAAUUGGAUGGUCUAGCCUCCAGAUCUUUACCUCGUAGUUCCUGCUGCCCCCACCGCCUAGCAACCAUGAUGGUGCAUUCGCACGAGCGGCAGCCAGUGGCGUCAUAUCCCGAGGGAGAAGCAAUAUGAUUGGCUAAAGGUUGCUAUGGCAGUGGUGAACAUACCAAGUGGAGAAACUUGAAAAUGAUGGAACCCAAACAUUCUCACAUUUACAUUGCUAGAUUUAGUCACAUGUAAGAGUGUGUUCGGCCUCUUCCGCCGCUACGGUCAUUUUUUUUUUAAAUCCCAAGAUUCAUUGCGGCUUGGGUACGCAUUUGUGGGCGGCAUCUGGAGGAGCCUUGGACAGCCUUUAUCGCAUUGCUGUGGCGUAAUCGGUCUACGAAUGCGUCCUAAGUAGGAUCCGACCCCUGCAUUUGGACUCAAUGGACAGUGUGUGGGAUUAGAACAAAAGAAAAAGUUGGCCAUGGGGACCCAGCACAGGUGGUGUGGCGAAAUGAUUACUGUGGUGAUUACAUGUCUUGCCAAAAUGACGUCGAUUUUGUCUGAAGUAUACAGCCAGCUUAAGUGUUAACCUUUAAUCAUGAUCUUUUUUUUUAUCAUUUAAAUUCUUUUAAGAACUGUUUCUUUAAUGUUUUUUUUACAGUACUGUAUCCCUAUACACAGAUUCUUUCCCCCUCACUCUUCAGUACAGUAUCAUAUGUGGUUACAUUCAUUAUUGUUGUAGUAUUAUUAUUAUUUAUUAUGUACUGUAUUAUGUUAAAGAUGCUUUAGUGCAUUUGGAAGUGUUUCUUGAGUGUUUUAUAUGCAUUGAAAGGUAAAAUGUAUAUUGUAUAGCAAGGCAAACUUUUGAUUAACUGAUGCUAAAUAAGAUCCAUAUGUACCUGUUCUCUGCGAUGGGCUGGCCCCCCAUCCUGGGUUAUUCCCUGCCUCGUGCCCAUUGCUUCCAGGAUCGGCUCCGGACCCCCCGCGACCCAGUAGGAUAAGCAGUUUGGAAAAUGGAUGGAUGGAUGGAUGUACCUGUUCUGACAAAUUUGACUUAAGGACAAACUUUGGGAUGGAUCUUGCUCGUAACACAGGGACAUUAUGCCCUUUACGUUAUUUGAGACAUUGACCUUGAAGAAAUAAACGCACAAAACAAGAAUUCAGUGACAGGAAAGUAAAGUAAAUGUACAAUCUGUGAAUUGAAUGUCAUAAUUUAUAAGGUACUGUUGCCUGACCCACAUAAACCUCCAGCUCUGUCUGCUGAGAAAAGGGAGAGAUGUGUUUUUUUCUUAUUCUUUACCUGUUUAUUAGCGGUCUAGAUAUAUUCAUUUUCAUUAUUUAGUUUUUUAAAUCAUAAAAUAGAUUAGCUACUGUUCUUAAGUAAACUUGGCACUUGGCAUUUAA